UGAGGCAGCUGUAGAGAAGCUGGUGUCAUCCCUGCUACCCUGCAGUACAGAAGGACAUAUAGCUGAAUAGAGAAAAGCACUGAAAACAGUUCAUCAUGACCCACUCACUUGCUGUUACUCUUUGCCUCCUUUCAGCUCUGUGUGUUGUGAAGUCAGAAAAGAAGCUCACGGUAACUGGAGAUGAGGAUGGAUCUGUCAGCAUCAGCUGCACAUAUUCAGAGGGAUAUGAGAAAAAUGCAAAGUACUUCUGUAAGGAGGAAAAAAAACUGCUGGGUACCAAGUGUGUUGAUCUCAUUAAAACAGAAGAGCACAACACACGGGUUACUAAUGAGAGAGUCUCUCUGUAUGAUGACACUUCAGCAAGAAUCUUCACUGUGACCAUCAAAAGACUCUCACUGGAUGAUGCUGGGAAAUACUUCUGUGGAGUGAAAAGAAGUAUUGUCCGUGAUAUAUACACUGAGGUGGACCUUCAGGUUAAAGAAGUUCUGGGUUCUGUGAAGUCAGCAGAAAAGCUCAGCGUGAUUGCGGAUGAAGGUGGACCUGUCAGCAUCAGCUGCAUAUAUUCUCAGGGAUAUGAGACAAAUGCUAAGUAUUUCUGCAAAGAGGAAAAAAAAGUGCUGAGUACCACGUGUGUUGAUCUAAUUAAAACUGAUCAGCACAACACCCGGUAUACUGAUGGAAGAUUCUCUCUGUUUGACAACACUUCGGCAAGAGUCUUCACUGUUACUAUCAUGGGAGUGACACUGGAGGAUGCUGGGAAAUACUUCUGUGGAGUGAAAAGAAUUAUUAUCAGUGAUAAAUACACUGAGGUGGACCUACAUGUCAAACAAGCUCUGGGUUCUGUGAAGUCGGCAGAGAAGCUCACAGUGACAGGAAAACAAGGUGGAACUGUUAGCAUCAGCUGCAUAUACUCUAAGGGAUAUGAAACAAACAAGAAGUAUUUCUGCAAAGAGGAAAAUAAACUUUUUACUACCAAGUGUGUUGAUCUCAUCAAAACUGAAGAGCACAAGGCUCGUGUUACAGAGGGGAGAUUCUCUCUGUAUGAUGACACUUCCGCAAGAGUCUUCACUGUGACUAUCACAGGACUAACUCUGGAGGACGCUGGGAAAUACUACUGUGGAGUGAAAAGAAUUAUUGUACGUGAUGAAUACAGUGAGGUGGACCUUCAGGUUAAAGAAGCUGCAGGGACGGAAUUUGUCUUUCUUCUGGAUGGUUCUGGAAGCAUUUCCCACGAAGACUUUGUAAAGGCAAAAAAUUUCAUUAGCAAUGUGAUGCAAAAGACUUGGAGAAACUGCUCAGAUGUAAGUAUUUGCAGAUUUGCAGUUGUACAGUAUGGAAGUGAUAUAAGGACAGAACUUUCCCUCAAUGAAAAUGACCCUCCUGCAACUGCUGUAAAUAAAGUUAAGAACAUAACUCAGAUAUACAAGUCUACAAGAACCGCUUCUGCCAUUCAUUAUGUUCUGGAACAUGUUUUUGUUGCUGAAAAUGGAUCAAAAAAGGAUGCCAACAAGAUUAUGACUGUGUUGACGGAUGGACGGAUAUUACUGGACCCCAUGAAUCUCAAAGAUGUUUUGAGCUCACCGAAAAUAAGAAAUAUUACCCGCUUUGCUAUAGGGGUGGGAAGUGAGUUCAAUAACCCUAAAACUGCAGCAGAGCUGAAUGAUAUUGCUUCAGAUGCCAAGCACGUUUUUAAGGCUGGGCACUAUGGGGCUUUGGACUGUUUUGUGCCAGUGCUUGUACAAAGGAUCACAGGCAUUAAAGGAGCUUCUGAGUUACCCUCUCAAGAAAAUAUCAAAUUGUGCUGAUGCAAUAAAGAAGAACCACUGGACCUUGGAACUUAAGUCACCAAACUACCAUAUACAUGCAUUUAUAGUGUAUAAGUUGUAGUGAAAAACAUGGAAAUCUGUCUGGAUGACUGAGGUGAAAAAGUGCACUUUUACUGCACUUUGAGUAAAAAAGCAAAGUUAACCAUUGAAAGCUUUUUUUUUAAUAAUCUGUGUAACAAUAUAAAUAUAUAAGCUUCUUUUAGAAAUCAAAGCAAUACAUUCUGUAUUUCAAAAAUGUUAUAAAAACUAUAACAAUAAAAAUGGCUUUUCAAAACAUAA